CUCUGCCAAAGCGCUGCUCCAGCGCUGUCCAUAUAGGCCGCAUUCGUGGGCCCACGUGGUGGCAAGGCAGCGAAGCACUCGUGCGGACUCCUCACAGCCAGCGGUCACAAGAAAAACCGCUUGUUUGCGCUCAACACGGAGCAAGUUGACUGUUCCACUUGGAAGAGCUAGAUAGAGAUGGACGGCCUCUCGUCCGACGACGACGAGGUGCAGUUCACCGGUACGCUCGACGCCGACGCCGCGCGCGAGCGCGACCGCGCCGCGGCCGAGGCCAGCGGCAACGCGUUCGACCUCUGCAGCCAGGAGUCGACGCCGGCGCAAGGGCAGGACACCGACACGAGCUACAUGGCCUACUUCGCAGGCCGGCGCGGGUCGACGGCGGCGGCGGCGGCGGCCGAGCCCGAUACUGGCGAGGACGCGUCCCCCUUCGUCGGCGGCGGCGGCGAGGCCGCGCCGCCGCUGUCGCCGCGCCGCCAGCCGAGCCCCGACGACGAGGACGAUAGUGACGAGGCCGCGCCGCCGCCGCGGACGCCGAAGCGCGGCAAGCGGCGGCGGAGCGGGCGGCGGCGGAGCGGCUACGGCUCCGACGACGGCUUCGUCGUCGACGACGACGAUCCCGUCGCCGCCAGCGACGACGACGAGGACGACGCGGCGCGCCACCGCACGCCGUCGCGGAAGAAGAAAACGAAGCGGCGCCCCCGGAAGGAGAAGAGCCACGGCUACGAGAAGGACGACUUCAUCGCGAGCAGCGACGACGAGGCCGAGGCCGCGCCGCCGCCGGCGCCGCGGAAGAAGAAGCGGCGGCGCCAGCCGCGGGACGAGGCCGACGACGACGACGAUGUCCGGCGCAACCUGGCGGGCGACUUUAGCGACGACGACGACGAGGCGGUGGCGGCGGCGGAGGCGCGGCGGCGGGCUGCUGGAGAAGACGGCGACCCCGAGGAGGAGUUCGACUUCGGCGGGGGUGCCAAGGCCGCCGAGGGCGCCGCGGGAGGGCGCUUUGCCGUCGGCGACGAGGUCGAGGCGCAGUGCCCGGGCUGGGGGGAGACGUGGUACGACGCGACGAUCGAACGGGUCCUGGCACGCAAAUACGAGGUCCGGUGGACCGGGGCGGACCGCGACAAGUGCAACGUCGUCGACCCCGAAAUGGUCCGCGCGCGUACCGUCUUCGUCGACGCCGAGAACGUCCGCGCGCGCACCGGCUCGGGCGCGAGCUCGGACGCGUCCGCGGACGCGGACGCGGACUCGUCGGCCGCCGAGUCGGAGGACGACGCGGACCGGCCGCGGGAGCUGCGCGGCCGCGAGCUGAUGACGUGCGCCUGCUGCCGCUGGCGCGGCAAGCCCAAGUACGGCUCGUCGGAAAAUGGCUUCCGCGACGGCUACUGCCAGCCCGUCGACAACUUCAGUCGCGCUGUGCGGCGCGGCGACUACGGCAAGUACAUGACAGAGCCGUUCUGCUUGGAGGAGCACGCGUCGCAGCAGACGGACUACGUGAACCGGGUCCUGCGGCCCAAGGUCACGCAGGACGACGGUGGGCAGGCGUCGUGCGAUGAUGAUGAUGAUGAUAGCGCUGGCGUCGGCGCCGCCGACGACGGCGGGAGCUACCGCGACGGCGACGGCAGCAACGAUGGCGACAGCAGCGGCGACGGCGACGUCGAGGCGCGAGUGAGGGCGAUGCCCACCAAGGACCUCAAGGCUGUUUUGGCGGCGCGCGGCGUGUCGACGGUCGGAAUGGUAGAAAAGUCCGAACUGGUGGCGGCGUACGUCAAAUUGCUGCGCGCGGGCGGCGGCGACAGCGACUCCGAUGGCGCGGAGGAGGUCCAGGAGGCGCCGCAGGAGCAGGAGGAAGAGGAGGAAGAGGAGGACGACGACGAAGAGUAUGCCGAGGCGACGCCGCUGGGCGUGUCCUACGAGAAACGGGAGACGGUAAAGGCCCUGGGCGCCUGGUGGAACGCGGCGACAAGAAAUUGGAUGGCUCCGGAGGGCGGCGACCGCAAGAAGUUUGCGCCAUGGGUCCGCGUGACUGGGUCCAAGCGGUACCUCUGCCACCCCUUCUCCAAGAACGAGGAAGUGAAGCGCGAGGUCGGCGCGCGCUUCGACGGGAGUCGGAGGAAGUGGUACAUCCCGGAAGAGUGCCUCUGCGCGCGGAACCUCGACUACUGCCGCAGCCGGGGCUGGCUCGCCUAAGAUUGUAUAGUUGAA